CCAUAUUCAAUGCGAUUCAGCCUUUUGAAAACUUAAAAUAUUAUUGAUGCUAUCAAUGAUAUCACUUCAUAGCGAUAUUGACACCACAACAGAAUCAUGUCUGAAUUCUGAUAUUUGUUAUAGUUACAUGUCACAAUAUAUAGUCCACAUUUUGCUACCAAAAAAAGAUUAACAAAAACCCAUAAGUUUACCAAAGAGAGAAGACUCAAGAAAUAAAAUACAAAGUGGCAAAAAAAAAAAAAAAGUGAAGCAAAAUGGAGAAGAUAGAGCACAAAAUGGUAGCUGUAAAUGGCAUAAAUAUGCAUGUAGCAGAAUUAGGCCAAGGUCCAACAGUCCUCUUCAUACAUGGUUUCGCUGAACUCUGGUACUCAUGGCGCCACCAAAUGGUCUACUUAGCCGAACGUGGCUACCGUGCCGUGGCACCAGACUUGAGGGGUUAUGGUGAUACUACAGGUGCACCUGUUAAUGACAUUUCAAAGUUCAGUCUCUUUCACCUCGUGGGUGAUCUUAUCACCGCACUGCUUGAAGCCAUAGAUCCAAAUGAAGAUAACGUGUUUGUUGUUGCUCAUGACUGGGGUGCCAUAAUUGCUUGGCAUUUAUGCCUUUUUAGGCCAGACAAAGUUAAGGCGUUGGUGAAUUUGAGUGUCCAUUUUUCACCAAGGAACCCACACAUGAAUUGGGUGGAGUGGUUUAAGGCUUUAUAUGGGGAAGAUCAUUAUAUUCUGAGAUUUCAGGUACCGGGCGAAAUUGAAGCUGAGUUUUCUCCAUAUGGUGUUAAGGCUGUUCAUAAGAAAUUUUUGACAUUCCGUGGUCCUGGACCAUUUUAUUUUCCUAAAGGCAAAGGUAUAGACGCUGUCCCUGAUGCUCCCGCUGCACUUUCAUCUUGGUUGUCUGAGGAAGGCUUGGAUUACUUUGCCAGCAAGUUUGAGAAGACUGGUUUCACUGGUCCAGUCAACUAUUACCGAGCUCUUCCCUUGUAAGCGUUCCUCGCUUUCUGUGAUAUUGAAACUUUGGCUAAAUAGACUAUAAAAAAAAUACCUUAGUU